AGUUAGUUUAACGCUCUGUUUGUAUUCGAACGUACGUCUUAUCGGAUAGUACGCACCCAUGUCAAACACAGGGUGUCUCUCAUAAACGAGGCGCGUAAUCUUAAGUCUGUUCGUUCGUCUGUCGCCUAUACCACUUGGCUCGGUCGUUGUCGGCCGGCCGGUUGAUCGUUGUCUGCAUAAAAUUCCAAUAAAUGUUUUGUGGCGGUACCGGUCUUGUGCUAAACGGCGGAAAUAAUUGAACUCGAUAAACGAACGAUUCGCAAAAGUCAGUCACCAUGCAAUCCUUUAAAGCAGACGAACUACCGGAAAAUCCCCGGGAAUCAUCAAAUCCGCUAUCAUCAUUGAUGUUCUGCUUUGUUAUGCCAACAUUUUUCAAAGGACGCAAAAAAGUUUUGGAAGAAACAGAUCUCUACAGAGCACUAAAGGAACACAAAUCCGAUUUCCUGGGGCACAAACUAUCCGAGGCAUGGGAGGAGGAAUGCAACAAAAAACAAAUGAAGCACAAAGAGCCGAGUCUUUUGAAGGCGUGCAUGCGGGUUUUCGGUCUACGAUUCGCCACCUUAGGUUUUAUUUUAUUUAUUCUAGAGAUAGGUUUACGUGUAACUCAGCCGUUAUUUUUGGGUGGCUUAGUUUCGUAUUAUGCCAAACCCCAAAAUAAUAACAGUAGCGAUCUAUCCACAGCGUACUUGUACGCCAUGGGUGUGAUCCUAUGCAGUGCGGUAAACGUGCUGCUCAUGCAUCCUUACAUGUUAGGCAUACUUCACGUGGGCAUGAAGAUACGCGUGGCCAUGUGUAGCAUGAUAUAUCGUAAGGCCUUACGUCUGAGUAAAACCGCACUGGGCAAUACAACGUCGGGUCAGGUGGUGAAUCUGAUAUCGAACGAUGUCGGCCGCCUGGAUACAUCAGUGAUUCACAUGCACUAUCUGUGGCUGGGGCCAGUUGAAAUAGUCAUUAUAACAUAUCUAAUGUACAGAGAGAUUGGAGUAUCCUCUUUAUUUGGUGUGGCCAUUAUGAUACUAUUCCUGCCAUUGCAAGCCUAUCUUGGCAAAAUGACUUCCGUUUUACGCUUACGCACUGCCUUGCGCACCGACGAACGUGUGCGCAUGAUGAACGAAAUCAUUUCCGGUAUACAGGUGAUCAAAAUGUAUGCCUGGGAAAAGCCUUUUGGCAAAAUGGUCCAAUAUGCCAGGCGCAAGGAAAUGAAUGCCAUACGCCUGGUCAACUAUAUCCGUGGAAUUUUACAGUCCUUCAUAAUGUUCUUAACGCGCAUUUCUGUGUUCGCCAGUCUGGUGGGCUUUGUCCUGCUGGGGAAACUUCUCACUGCCGAAAAGGCCUUCGUGAUUACGGCCUAUUACAACAUAUUACGCACAACCAUGACCGUUUAUUUUCCCAUGGGCAUUUCGCAAUUCGCCGAGACCAUGGUCUCGUUCAAACGUAUCCAGAAGUACAUGAUGCACGAGGAGACAAAAGUCAAAGACAAAUCCCAAGAUGUUGACUGCGAGAACAACAAACUACAGCCUACGGCCAUUAUAGAGGAAAAUGGCAAGGCUAUGGGGAUGAAUGGCAUCAUCAAACCCUUGAGCAUUAUUGCCAAUCAUCAUAAUCAUCAUCCGCAUCACUUGGAAUCAGGUGUGACCAUUAGCAAACUCAAAGCGAAAUGGGACCACCAAUCGACUGAGUAUACAUUGGACAACAUAGAUUUCAAAGUUAAGCCACGUACCUUGGUGGCGGUCAUAGGUCCUGUUGGUUCAGGAAAAUCAAGCCUCAUACAAGCCAUACUUGGUGAACUACCAGCUGAAUCGGGCUUCGUUAAUGUAAGCGGCACCCUGUCCUAUGCCUCACAAGAGCCCUGGCUAUUUACUGGUACGGUGCGGCAAAACAUUCUAUUUGGCAUGCCAAUGGAUAGGCAGCGCUAUCGCACAGUUGUCAAAAAAUGUGCUCUCGAAAGAGAUUUUGAGUUAUUACCUUAUGGCGACAAAACAAUUGUUGGCGAGCGCGGCGCUUCUCUUUCUGGUGGCCAGAAAGCCCGUAUCAACUUAGCCAGGGCCGUGUAUCGCAAGGCCGAUGUUUAUCUGCUCGAUGAUCCCCUAAGUGCUGUGGACACCCAUGUGGGCCGUCAUCUUUUUGAUCAAUGUAUGCGUGGUUAUUUGCGCGAUGACAUUGUGCUGCUGGUCACCCACCAACUUCAGUUUAUGGAGCAAGCAGAUCUCAUAGUGAUUAUGGAUAAAGGGCGCAUCAGUGCCAUUGGAACCUUUGAGUCGAUGCGUAAAAGCGGCUUGGACUUUGCCAAGCUGCUCAUGCAGGCUGACAGCCAGGAGGAUACGGCUAGCGUAAGAGGUCUCAAUGGUGAUAUUGGCAGCGAAAAACAACCCCUGUCAAGACAGAACAGCAAAAUGCGUUCGCGACAAGACAGUGUAUCGUCAAUGGGCUCCGUUGCAGAAUCGGCACCCGGAGAUGCCCCCGUGCAAGUUCAAGAGACCCGAGAACAGGGAAAAAUUGGUUUGGGGCUGUACAAAAAGUAUUUUGGUGCCAGUGGUGGUUAUUUUCAGUUUUCCGCGAUGGCUUUCUUUUGUAUUGCGGCGCAAGUUUUGGCCUCAGGUGGUGAUUACUUUUUAUCCUAUUGGGUUAACAAAAAUGGACAAACACAAAGCAGGGUUACAGACGCUUAUCGACGGCCCGAAAGACGCCUCGAUAGCGACUCAGAUCCUGUCGAUCUCUAUAUUUUUAGCGCCAUCAACAUUUCGGUUAUCUUUUUUGCUCUAACUCGAUCGCUUCUCUUCUUUAAUUUGGCCAAGAGAUCAUCGACCAAUCUUCACAAUACCAUGUUCGAAGGAGUUACCAGGGCUUCCAUGUAUUUCUUUAAUACAAAUCCUGCCGGCAGAAUUCUCAAUCGCUUUGCCAAGGAUUUGGGCCAAGUUGAUGAACUUUUGCCGGGUGUUAUGAUGGAUGUUACGCAAAUCUUUUUGGCCUUGUUGGGUAUUGUCAUAGUGUUGUGUGUGGUAAAUCCAUGGUAUUUGGUGGCCACAGCGUUACUCAGUAUUCUAUUUUACUUUAUGCGAUCAUUUUAUUUAAAUACCUCGAGAGAUGUAAAGCGCUUGGAAGCCGUAACCCGAUCUCCGAUUUACUCACAUUUGGGCGCAUCCUUGAAUGGCCUUUCAACAAUUAGAGCUUUUGGAGCUCAACAGGUUUUGAUAGAGGAAUUUGAUAACUACCAAGACCUUCACAGCUCCGGCUAUUUUAUGUUCUUAUCCACCAGUCGUGCUUUUGGCUAUUGGCUAGAUUGUUGUUGUGUAUUGUAUAUAGCCAUUAUCACUUUAAGUUUCUUCCUUUUUUCUCCCAAAAAUGGUGGCGAUGUUGGCCUUGCCAUUACCCAGGCCAUGGGUAUGACCGGUAUGGUUCAGUGGGGCAUGAGGCAAUCGGCAGAAUUGGAGAAUACCAUGACAGCUGUGGAACGUGUCGUCGAGUAUGAAAGCCUAGAGCCAGAAGGUGAAAUGGAAUCACCCCCAAAUAAGAAACCCCCAAAAUCUUGGCCAGAGGAGGGUCAAAUCAUAUUCGACAAUUUAAGUUUGCGUUACUUCCCCGAUCCGAAGGCCGAAUUGGUUUUAAAAAAUUUGAAUAUAUCCAUUAAAGCUCGUGAAAAAAUUGGCAUUGUGGGUCGUACUGGUGCUGGCAAAUCAUCACUCAUAAACGCUCUAUUCCGUUUGUCCUACAAUAAUGGCUCGGUGAUAAUUGACAAACGCGAUACUAAAGAGAUGGGAUUAUAUGACCUACGUAGCAAGAUUUCAAUUAUACCCCAAGAGCCGGUACUAUUCUCUGGGACAAUGCGUUAUAAUUUGGAUCCAUUCGAUGAGUAUUCCGAUGUUAAACUAUGGAAAUCACUCGAAGAGGUUAAAUUGAAAGAAGUUGUUAGCGAAUUACCUAGCGGAUUACAAAGUAAAAUAUCCGAAGGUGGUACUAAUUUCUCUGUGGGCCAGCGGCAGCUGGUUUGUCUGGCCCGAGCUAUAUUGAGAGAAAAUCGCAUAUUGGUAAUGGACGAGGCCACCGCUAAUGUGGAUCCACAAACCGAUGCUUUAAUACAAACCACCAUACGUAAUAAAUUUAGACACUGCACAGUUCUAACAAUAGCCCAUCGUCUGCACACUGUCAUGGAUUCUGAUAAAGUUCUAGUUAUGGAUGCUGGGAGAGCAGUAGAAUUUGGUUCACCCUUUGAAUUACUGACACAAAGCAAAACGAAUAUCUUUUGUGGUAUGGUCAAACAAACUGGCAAUGCCACCUUUGAAAGUUUAUUGAAAGUGGCACAAAAGGCUCAUGAGGAUAAUCUGAAGGCCAGAAAAGACUCUUGACAUUUCGUUCAAGUACCUAAAGUAUUUAAGGACUAUAUAUUAAAAAUCUUAGAGCCCAUAACAAAUCAUCCGGCAAAUGCUAAAAUUCAAAAGACAUUAUUUUUUGAUAAUACAACAAAACCAAAAUUUUUAGGCUAACACUCGAUUUACUUUUGAACAGGCGAAGCAGAGAGUAUAACAUAAAAUCACAUACAAACUGUCUUUCCCUUUUACCUACCUUAGAAAACAUACCUUACCUAACCUUACCAUACCUUACUUAUCUACAAAUUGUGAAUAUUCGUAAAGUCAUUACAGCGCCCACAUAACAUAAAUGGUAUAUCAAAACUGGAAACUUCAUGUACAACAUUACUUUAGAAUGAAACAAGUAGACAAUUUUCAAAUUUAAAUGAGAAAAGACCAUAAAUCAAAACAAAAAAAGGACAUAUUACAUAUACAUAUUUAUAUAUACAUAUAUACACAUGAGUACGGAUAUAUUUAUACGAUAUUUAAGAUCAAUAAGAGAUAUUCAUAUUUGUUACAUGAACUUAACAAGGCAUCCCAAAAAAAGGGGGAAAAAGAACAAAAAACACAGCAACAUGCUUCAUCUGAAUAUCAAUUUUUUAAGACAAUAAUUAUUCAUACAGACAUGUUAAAAAUUACUUUUAUUAGAUAUAUAGUCAUAUGAAAAUAGUAAGUAACUGUGUAUUGUAUUAGCUAAAUGUGUAAUGCUAAGGAGGAAAUCAAUAAUGCAAGUCAACUAACAAGAGCAUAUCUACACCCAUACUUGUCGCCAUCACUAAACCGGGGUAGUUCAAUACAAGGUGGGAGAUCAGAUGUCGAACAAGUACAGCCAUACUAGCUACAUUCCGUAACUCUAAAUGUCAUUCAUAUGCAUGUGGGAUGAAAAAAGAAAUCGAAAAGAAACGUUUCAUCGCGGUGUUUUCAGCAUUUUUAGACCUUUUUACAGAUGUAUUAAAAACCUACCAACGUUAGAGUUCUGGCAAAAUCUUAAGAAAUUUUCAGACACAUGACCCUAACUUGUAUUGCUCUAUCUUGCCUUAAAACCAAAACCAAUAUAUCAAAAAAUGUCCCCCCAACAAACGUAUCUUGAUUUGUGUUCCUCUUUUAAUACUGUGCAAUAAGAGUUGUAAAUAAUUUUUGUAAUAAUUUAUGCAUUGCUAAGAUCUAUUAUAAUUAUUAUUCAUCCUUAAAGGAUCCAUUUUAUAUAUAUACACAUACUAUAUGCGUAAAUCUAGAUAUAAGAGUAAGAUAAGCAUCAUUAGAAGCCUAUUAUCGAAAAUGUACUUAUGUAUGUAUUAUACAACUAAAAUUUGCAACAACGGUAGAAAGUUUACAAAAAUCGAUUAUGUGUUCCAUUUAAACGACAAUUUUUUCUACAAUUAUACAUUUGAUUUUGAGAGUUUCUAUAGUAUUUUGAUGUCAUUUUUAUUUGAAAUAAAUUUUUAUGUAGACAAAAACA